CUCCCUCUUCCAACAGAGAACUGAUUCGGCUCAUACUGCGCAUUCUGAACUUGGAAGGAGGGAAGGACCAGUUACAAGCUCGAGCAUCCCCUUCCAGCCCCAUGAAGCCCACCGACAUGGCUAAAGAAGGAACGGAGAUGACAGAGGAAACUGAGCACAUGAUAGAGAAGAAUGGAGCAAAAGAAACAGAACAUUUAGUAUCUGCAGGAGAUACCAAAGAAAUGCGAGCCGUAAUACUUUCCGGUUUCGGGGGUCUCAACAAACUCCGGGUAACCAAGAAGGCGAUGCCUGAGCCACAGGAGGGAGAAGUGAAAAUUCGCGUCAAAGCAUGUGGCUUGAACUUCCUGGAUCUUAUGGUGCGUCAAGGUAAUAUUGACAAUCCUCCGAAAACUCCACUUGUCCCUGGAUUUGAAUGUUCUGGAAUAGUUGAGGCGAUGGGAAGAAACACCAAGGGAUUCGAGAUAGGAGACCGGGUUAUGGCUUUUGUAAAUUACAACGCCUGGGCAGAGGUGGUUUGCACACCACUGGAUUACGUCUAUAACAUGCCUGAUGAUAUGACAUUUCCUGAGGCAGCAGCCUUCUCCAUGAACUUCGUGGCUGCCUACAUGAUGCUGUUUGAGGUUGCCAAUCUCCGAGAGGGGAUGUCAGUAUUGGUCCACUCAGCAGGGGGGGGUGUGGGUCAAGCUGUGGCUCAGCUGUGCUCCACUAUACCCAGCGUCACCGUGUUUGGAACGGCCUCAUCUUUCAAACAUGAAGCCAUCAAAGACUCUGUGACCCACCUCUUCGACAGAAAUGCUGAUUAUGUACAAGAAGUUAAAAAGAUCUCUCCAGAGGGAGUGGACAUCGUCCUGGACUGUCUGUCUGGGGAGAACACUGGUAAAGGCCUCGGUCUGCUGAGGCCUCUGGGAACCUACAUCCUCUACGGCUCAUCUAACAUGGUGACCGGGGAAACAAAGAGUUUCUUCAGCCUUGCAAAAUCUUGGUGGCAGGUUGAGAAGGUGAACCCUAUUAAACUCUACGAGGAGAACAAGGUCAUUGCUGGAUUCUCGCUGCUCAACCUUCUGUUCAAGCAGGGCAGGUGUGGGCAGGUGAAAACGGUGGUGGAGAAACUCUUCUCCCUCUACAACCAGAAGAAGAUCAAACCUGUGGUGGACUCCCUGUGGGCACUGGAGGAGGUAAAAGAAGCCAUGCAGAGGAUCCACGACAGAGGCAACAUAGGAAAGCUAAUCCUGGAUGUGGAGAAGUCUCCCACUCCUUUGAUGGCCAGUGACAGCACAGAGACCAGUGAGGCUGGUGAGGAGGAGGAGGAACAUGAAGGGGACAGUGACAACAAGGAGCGCAUGCCUUUCAUCCAGUAGGCCCAGGUACGGCACCACAACUGGCCUGGACACCUCAAAGGAAGGAGGUG